AUGGCUGCCAAGACUGUGCUUAUCACUGGCAGCAACCGCGGCAUCGGCCUCGCGUUCGCCAAGCACUACAAGACGGAGGGCUGGAAGGUCAUUAGCUGCGCUCGUGAUGUGGACGGCGCCACCGAGCUUAAACAAUUGGAGCCGUGGAAGCUGCUAUCUCUUGACACCAGCAAUGAACACUCCAUCAAUGCAGUGGCCAAGGCAUUAAAAGACAUCCCCAUCAAUCUGCUCAUCAACAACGCCGGUAUCAUGGACGUGCAAGGCCUGCAGUCGACCACGAAGGCGGAUCUGCUGCGUCACUUUGAAGUAAACGCUGUGGGUCCCUUCCUCAUGACGCGUGCGAUGCUGCCCAAUCUCCGCCUUGCUGUGAAAGACCAAGGCUCGGCUUUUGUGGCUCAAAUGACGUCCAGAAUGGGCAGCAUCACGGACAACGGGUCGGGAGGCGUCUACGGCUACCGCGCGUCCAAGACGGCGCUCAACAUGAUCACUAAGAGCUUGGCCAUCGAUCUAAAGGAGGAAAACAUUGGCUGCUUGCUGUUGCACCCAGGAUACGUCAACACGGCCAUGGUAGGAUUCCAAGGAACCGUUUCCACGGACGACAGCGUCAAGGGAUUGACCAAAAUCAUUGCAAACGCCAAGCUCGAGGACUCGGCCAAGAUGUUUCACUUUGAAAAGGGAGAAGUGUUGCCGUGGUAA